AUUCUGCAUUCCCAGCAAGCCAACUGGAGGGAGAUUGUCAACAAGAAGCUGAAGUUCCCUGUCAAUCUUGUCAAUGCCAUCCAUGAUGGAAGUCUCCUACAGGUGCAACAGCUGCUCCAGGUGGGCGAUGGAAUGCUGCGCCAAUUGGACGACACAGAAGACCGGUCAUGGCGAGAGGCCCUCAACCUGGCCAUCCGCACAGGGAACGAGGAGAUCAUGAAGACCUUGCUGCACUGUGUGAAGUUUGACUUCCGGCAGAUCCAUGAGGCCCUUCUGGUGGCAGUAGACACCAACCAACCACAUGUGGUCAAGAUGUUACUGGAUCGGCUGGACCAGGAGAAAGGGAUUAAGAUGGACAUCAAGUCCUUCUCUUUGGCCUUUUUUGACAACUCCAUUGACAACUCCCGUUUUGCCCCUGGGGUGACCCCUCUGACCUUGGCCUGUGAGAAGGAUCUGUAUGAGAUUGUUGAGAUGCUGAUGAAGAAGGGUCAUGUGAUCACAACCCCGCACAAGAUCUCCUGCGCAUGCAUGGAGUGCAGCAAUGGGCGCAAGUAUGAUCUCCUCAAAUUCUCCCUUUCCCGCAUCAACACCUACAAGGGCAUUGCCAGCAGGGCUUACCUGUCCAUUGCCAAUGAGGAUGCCAUGCUAAGUGCCUUCAAACUAAGCCGUGAGCUGAAGCGCCUUUCUAGGAAGGAACCUGAAUUUAAGCCGGAAUAUCUGAGCCUGGAGAACCUGAGCCAGGAAUUUGCUGUGGAACUUUUGGGCAUGUGCAGGAACCAGAGUGAGGUGACAGCGGUGCUGAAUGACUGUGGCGAUGACGGUGAUGAAGAAGAGUUGGACAAUCAAGCCUUCGAGGAGGGGAUCCCUAACCUUGCCCGGCUCCGUCUCGCUGUUCAUCACAACCAAAAGAGGUUUGUGGCGCACCCCAUCUGCCAGCAGGUCCUCUCCUCCAUCUGGAGUGGGAAACUUUCUGGCUGGAGGGGCAGCAACACCAUCUGGAAAAUCUUCAUCGCUUGCACCAUCUUUAUUUCUAUGCCCCUCCUGUGCAUGGUGUACUGGCUGGCACCCAAAUCCAAGGUUGGGAAAAUCUUAAAAAUCCCAGUAAUUAAGUUCCUUCUUCACUCCGCUUCUUAUCUGUGGUUCCUCAUCUUCCUCUUGCUGGAGUCGAUGAUCAUGGAGCAGAGACAUGACAUCUACGAGGGCAGGAACCAGGCCAUCUGGCAGAAUUCCUUUCACAUGAUCUGGGUGGCAGGUUUCCUAUGGCACGAGUGCAAGGAGGUCUGGAUCGAAGGGCUGCGCAGUUACUUCUUGGACUGGUGGAACUUCUUGGACAUUGUGACCAUUAGUAUGUAUCUGGCCUCCUUCUCCCUCAGGAUUCUGGUCUUUGUGAAGGGCUACCUGGCCUGCCUGGAACUCCCUGACUCCGACGUCUGUUUCUACUUCACCAAAUCAGAAAGGAAUGAGUGGAACACAGAGGACCCCCAGUUCAUUGCUGAGGUUCUUUUUGCGGUGACCAGUAUGCUCAGCUUCACUCGCCUGGCCUACAUCCUACCUGCCCACGAGACUCUGGGGACUCUACAGAUUUCUAUUGGCAAAAUGAUUGAUGAUAUGAUACGGUUCAUGUUUAUCCUGAUGAUUAUUCUCACUGCCUUUCUGUGUGGACUGAACAACAUCUACGUGAAUUACCCCGACUCCCAAACACUGGGAAACUUCAACGAGACCUUCCAGUUCCUGUUCUGGACAAUGUUCCAGAUGGUGGAGAGGACGACGGUGGACAUGAAUCACUAUGUCGUGGCUGAAUUUGUGGGUCGGGCUCUGUAUGGUCUCUUCACCAUCGUCAUGGUCAUUGUGCUGCUCAACAUGCUCAUAGCCAUGAUCACCAACUCCUUCCAGAAGAUCGAGGACGAUGCUGACGUGGAGUGGAAAUUCGCUCGCUCAAAGCUGUAUCUUUCCUACUUCAGAGAAGGUCUGACGCUCCCCGUGCCCUUCAACAUCAUCCCCACACCUAAAGCCCUCUUCUACUUCAUAAGGAGAGUGUGCAGAUUUAUAUGCUGUUACAAACCCAAGAAAAAGCAAGAGUACCCCCCAAUUGCCAGCAUUUCCAACAGAGCAGUAGGUGGAGAUAUAUUUGCUGGAGAGAGUCGGGAGUCGUACCGCCUGCAGGUGAUAAAGGCCUUGGUGCAGAGAUACAUAGACACCGCCAGGAGGGAGUUUGAGGAGAGCAGGAGGAAAGAUCUGGGCAACCGCAUCACUGAGCUGAACAAGAACGUGAUCCGCCUUCAGUCAGAAGUGAAAAACCUGAGACGUUCGGUGGUGGAUCAGGCUGGGUCUGGCACAAACAAGAGCAAUGAGAACAUGCUGAGCCAGUACAUCAUGAAGGUGAAGGACAGCUUCCAAAGCUACGACCAAGAGUCCAUCAACUCCAGUAAGGAAUCACCAGAAGUCACCGUCCACCAGAACAAUGACCGGGGCCUCGUGCCAGAGGAUGACUGUCCCCCCUACCCCGAGGAGGUCUUUACCAACAGAGUGGCCGCGAAUGGGGAAACCAAUCAUCUGCAUGAGAAUGAGGCUAUGUAGGAAUAAAUGAUCCAGUAGGUGCAUAGAGAGACUCUAGAGAGUGCAUGGACA